AUGACAGUGAGAAUAAAAGUGAAGUCAAGGGUGGCUGGAGUUAUGAUCACCCAGCAUGUGGAAGAAAUACCUGAGGGCAUGAGCACCCCAGAUUUCACCCGGAAACCCAUUGCUCUAACUAUUCAAGAAGGAAAAUUGGCAUUCUUCAAAGCAAUUGUUGUUGGCACCCCAGCACCAACUGUGACCUGGAUGAGAAAUAAUGGGGAAAUUGAUGAAGAAAGGUAUAAAGUCAUUGACGAAGGCUCCGGAGAAUAUCAACUGCAGAUGCCCGGUGUCUCGUCGGACCAAGCUGACACCUACAAGUGUUGUGCCGCAAAUGAAUAUGGAAAAGCGUUAGUUACAGUUACGCUCAAUAUUAUUGAGGCUGUCAGAGAGACACCCGAAGACUUCAAAAAGGCCUUAAAAACUAGGGUCGACAUGGACUCAAAAGAAGAUAAAAAACCCGAAAUCGAUGACAAGUUUUGGGAACUGUUGUUGAGUGCAGAUAAGAAAGAUUAUGAGUCCAUCUAUGCUCGUUACGGUGUCACUGAUUUCCGUGGGAUAUUAAAGAAACUAAGUGAAAAGAAGAUGGAAAGGGAGGAAGAGCAAUCAAAGGUGGUUGAAAGGCUAUGUAACCUAAAGCCCAUCGAACUGAAGCCGGGUGGUGGUGCAGAGUUUGAACUUGAAAUGUCUCUUAAAGACCCUACUAGCAAAAUCUUCUUAUUUAAGGACGGCAUUAUGGUACCUUUUGAAGUCGACACAGAGGUAAAGCAUGGACUGAAGCAAGUGGGAAAGAAGUAUGUGUUUAGCAUUAAUGGUGUUGACCCAGACGAUGCAGGAUUAUACCAAGUGGAAGUGGAUGGAAUUAAGAUCUUCUCGACUGAAUUCAAACCCCCGCCUGUGGACUUCUUGGUUAAGAUAGAAGACGUGAAAGCAGAGGAAAGAGAGGAUGCUAUGUUUCAGUGUGUCGUAUCCCAACCAAUGAAAAGGAUCAAUUGGAUGGGAAAGAAUAUUGCAUUAGAGCAAGGGGAAAAAUUUGACAUUCUUGUGUCAGAGGACAUGCUGAUUCACUCAUUGGUGGUAAAGGACUGCCUGCUUUUGGACAAAGGAAUCUAUGCUGCUGUGACUGGACUUAAAUCCUGUAGUGCAUGGCUUAUAGUUGAAGCCGACCUUUUGAAGAUUGCAGAGGAGCAACAGGCUAAGCUAAUGCAAGAGAGAGAAGAGCUGAUUGCAAGGGCAAGGGCAGAAGCAGCAGCAGCAGCAGCAGCAGCAGCAGCAGCAGCAGCAGCAGCAGCAGCAGCUGAAGCCGCUGCCAGAGCUGCAGCUGAGAAAGCAGAGCCCGAAGAGAGAGCAAGAGCGGAAGCAAAGGUCAAUGCUAAGGAAGUGAAAGCAGAUAUAGGAGAAGCAACCACUGUUGAGGUGGAAGAAGAGGGCGAAAUUGUGGAAAAACCAGCUAAAUCAGCUGAGCCCAAAAAGGAAGGAGAGGCUCCCGCUGAAUAUGAAGAAGAGGAGGAAGGGGAGCCUACUCAAGAAGAUCCAGGGGUAUAUUUCACUGCCGGAAUGUCAGAUGUAACAGCUAUCAUCGGUACGGACGCAGAGCUGGUCUGCAAGCUGAGCAGUGAAGAGUGUGACGGAGUCUGGUACAAAGAUGGGAAAGAGAUAACAGCAUCAGAAGAUAUCUGUAUUGUUAAAGAUGGGCAUUUCCGCAAACUAGUUAUCAAAAACUGCAAAGAAGAUGAUGCUGGAAAGUACCGCUGUGAAGCAGACGGUCGUAAAACAGAAGCUUCACUUUGUGUUGAAGAUCCUCCAAGAAUCAACCCUGGUGACCUAACUGAAUUUAUGAAACCUGUUGUAAUCAAAACUGGGAAAGAAGCAUCUUUCAAGCUCUCCUUUGUUGGCCGUGAACCCAUGAAGAUCCAGUGGUACAACGAGGGAGAAGAGCUGUUUGAGGAAAGCCAUACCAGAAUUGAGAUCUCUUCAACAAAUAGCCGCCUGGUGCUUACCAAGUGCCCACGUAAAAUCUCAGGAGAAAUUAAGAUUAAGAUAAAAAAUGAAUGUGGGACGACUGAGGCAAUCACGCAGCUUCUGGUUCUAGCUUACCCUGGACCUCCUUCUAUACCUAAAAUUGAAAGUGCUUUCAAAGACUGUAUCAAUCUUGUUUGGUCUUCACCCACCAAUACCGGAGGAACCGACAUUUUGGGAUACAACAUUGAGAAACGCAAGAAGGGUAGUAAUCUGUGGAGCUUUGUCCAUCCAACCGAUCAGCCCAUUAGAGGGAGAACGCAUGCAUGUAAGGAUGUUGUUGAAGGCAUUGAGUAUGAGUUCCGUGUAUCAGCUAUCAACAUUUCUGGUGCCGGAGAGGCAAGUGCACCAUCAGAAUUUGUGUAUGCAAGAGAUCCAAAAGAGCCUCCUGGUCAGGUCAUUGACCUGAAGGUGACAGACUCCACAUACACCACCUUAUCACUGGGCUGGAUCAAACCCACGGAGGAGGAAGGAGUCAAAGAUGAGGCCACAGGAUACUUUGUGGAGCUCAGACCAGCAGAAAACCCAGAAUGGAGUCGCUGUAACUCCAAUCCUAUUAUUAUUACCUCCUUUACUAUUAUUGGUCUGAAGUCUAUGGCUAUGUACUGGGUGAGAGUUGUAGCCACCAAUGAGGGUGGAGACGGUGAGCCUCAAGAGUUGGACAACUACAUCAUUGCAAUGCCCCCUCCAGUGAGACCUCAAUUCACUGACAAAAAAAUAAAGACCUUCAUUGUAAUGAAAGCUGGAAACUCUGCUCGACUGAACUUCAACUUUCUGGCCUCUCCAGUACCGACUGUCAAAUGGCUAAAGGAUGGCCUUCCUGUCGGCAAAAAUGUGACACUGAGCAAAACAGACACUUCCUCGCAGUUAAUGAUCCCCUCAUCAGAGCGCCAUGACACUGGGAUCUACACAAUCAUUGUGAAGAACCUUGUUGGUCAGGAGACCUCAAGUGUUGAGAUAAGAGUCACAGAUGACCCCAAGCCCCCGGGUCCCGUGGAGCUGGAAGAGAACGUGUCGGGAACAGUGACAGUCUGCUGGGGUCCCUCUCCAGAUGAAAAGAAAGACGACAGGCUGCACUACAUGAUCACCAAGCGGGAUUCUGUGAAGCGUACUUGGCAAACUGUAGCAGACCAUCUCUUCAAUAACAAGUACACCAUCAUCAACAUCAUGCCAGGAACGCAGUACAAGUUCAGGGUCUAUACCAAGAAUGACAUGGGUCUUUCCGAACCCUCUGAGUCACCAUUCUGGGAAGUGAAGAAAACAAAAGAAGCAUUUUCUUUCAACCUUCCUGCCUCUAAAACGUGCAGCUUCGAGAUGCCUCCCUCGUUCUCUGUCCCGCUUAGAAAGCAUAACAGUCCAGAGAGCUACGAGUGCUACAUGAGUUGUGCAGUGACAGGGAACCCCCGACCCUAUAUUACCUGGUACAGAGAUAACAUCAGCCUGAACACCAACACUAACUACUACAUCACCAACACAUGUGGGGUCUGCUCCAUGGUGAUACUCAAAGUUGGGCCCAAGGACAGUGGGGAAUACAAGGUCACUGCAGAAAACUCAAUGGGCAGAGUGGACUGUUCAACCGAACUUGUUGUUACAGAUUAGAGUGAUGCAAUGGGCUUGAUCUUCUGAAGAUGCCUGUUUCAUUUGAAUUAAUGGAAUCAUCAGUAAAGGAUUUGCCAAUUUAUAAAAACCUUUUUCUGUGAAUGACUGUAUUAAUGUGUUUGAACAAACAUUGGAGAAGUAGAGCAAAGAAUUACAUCAAAUAAUUCAUACUAGAUCUUCUUGUAUUUGAGUGCAAAUUUGACCUGAUUUAUUUACUGGAUGCAAAGAGAACUCUGACAAGAGACAUCAGAGAUUCAACAGUAAUUAUAUGCUUAUCUUGCAUCUAAACAUGUUUAUUCAUUGACCUAUUUUACGCUAAGCUGCGAUUGGAGUUUGUUUUCUCUGCUAAGACAGAAACUAUGCUGGCU